AUGGAUGAUAAUAUUCAAAAUAACAAACGGCCAGUUGUACGUGUCUGCACAUUUAAUUUACGUUCCGAUGAAAUAGAUCAUGGCACACCAAAUGCAUGGGAAAAACGAAGACCUAUUCUCAAACAAUGUUUAGAAAAUAUGCAACCAACUAUCAUUGGAACACAGGAAGGUGAACCACCACAACUUAAAGAUAUUCUUGAUGAUUUAAAUGAAACUACACAAUGUUGGUCAUGGGUAGGUGAAGAAUUUGAUCAUUGGCGUAUAGCUAAUGCAAUAUUCUAUCGUCACGAUAUAUUUUCACUUAUUUCAACAAAAACGUUUUUUUUUAAUGAACAUCCAUCAACACCCGGUUCUGCAUGGGGUGCUAAACAUUCACGCGCUGGUGUUUACGCUCAUUUUCAACAUAAAAUCACACAACAUCCAUUUAUUAUCUAUAAUAUUCAUAUCGAUUAUCCAUCAAAAAAAGCUCGACAUCAUUCAAUACCUGUUCUUCUUUCACAAAUCAAAGAAAAUAAUGAUCAUUAUGAUAAUGUAAUCAUUACCGGUGAUUUCAAUAAUUGGCCUGAAGAUGUUGAAGGUGAUAAACCUAUUGACGAAUUGAUUGUGUUAGGACAAAAAGCAUCAGAAAUUUUACAAAUGAAAGAAGCUGGUUUUGUUGAUACAUAUAAACAUGGUGAAACACCAACAUUUAAUGGUUUCCGAUCAGCUGGUUAUGGUCCGAAAAUAGAUUUUAUUUGGAUAUCAUCGAAUAGUGUUUACCGGGUUGAAGGUGAAACAAAAGUCGAUACUUAUCAUGAUAAAAAUGGUUUUUUUCCAUCGGAUCAUUUUCCUGUUUAUGCUGAUUUGAUACAUACAUCUUAG